CUCUACGUUCCGCAACUUGAGAAUGCAUUCAUUCUUGUGAACUCCACCCUUUCUCUCGCCCUUUUCUCUCGUCCUUUUCAUUUAGUUAUUGACAGUGACUAAAUAACUUGAGCUCUUUCUUUGUUCCCUGCAAAAAAAACCAUACCUGUUUGCCAACUGAAUUCUGUUUUGUCCUCAUUGAUUGAACCAAUUUUUGCUUUAAAAUGGUGCAUUCUCGUCUAUCCCUAUCUAUAUUUUGCAUGUCUUUUGUCUGUUUCUUCUUGUCCGCCCAAGGUAGAUGGCAUCAUCACCAUACUAAACACAAACAUCAUACUCACCAUCACAAAAUCUCUGAAAUUUCAGUACCUCCUUUUCCAGCACCCGAGCCUUCCAGUCCCUUUGCACCUGAGCCUGCUUCUGGUCCUUUUGCACCAGAGCCUUCCAGUCCAUCUGCACCUCACCCCACUGUUCCUUUUGCUCCCGAGCCUUCUAGUCCAUCUAAUGAUGGAAAUGCCAACAUUUCUACUGGUGUUUUCGAUGUAAGAAACUUCGGAGCUGUAGGGGAUGGAGUGACAGAUGACACAGAAGCAUUCAAGAUGGCAUGGGACUCUGCUUGUCAAGUUAAUGCAUCAGUCCUUCAUGUUCCUUCUGGUUUUUCCUUCAUGAUUCAGUCCACAAUUUUUACAGGUCCUUGUCAAGGCGGACUUGUCUUUCAGGUUGAUGGUACACUUAUGCCUCCUGAUGGACCCGAAGACUGGCCGAAGAAUAGCAGCAAGCGCCAGUGGCUUGUCUUUUACAGAAUCAAUGGUAUGUCCUUGCAAGGAGGUGGUCUCAUUGAUGGUAGAGGGCAAAAAUGGUGGGAUCUUCCUUGCAAACCCCACAAGGGCAUAAACAGAACAACAUUGUCUGGACCAUGUGACAGCCCAAUUGCUAUAAGAUUUUUCAUGAGCUCCAACUUGACUGUGCAAGGACUUAAAGUUAAGGAUAGUCCCCAAUUCCACUUUAGAUUCGAUGGCUGCAAGAAUGUCCAUGUCGAAUCCCUUCACAUAACAGCUCCUGCCCUGAGUCCCAAUACCGAUGGGAUUCACAUAGAGAAUACAAAUGGUGUUGAAAUUUAUAAUUCAGUUAUCUCUAAUGGUGAUGAUUGCAUAUCUAUUGGAUCAGGAUGCUAUGAUGUGGAUAUUAAGAACAUAACUUGCGGACCUGGUCAUGGAAUCAGCAUUGGGAGCCUAGGUAAUCAUAAUUCAAGAGCGUGCGUCUCCAACAUCACGGUUCGAGACUCCGUGAUUAAAGUAUCAGAUAACGGUGUUAGGAUCAAGACAUGGCAAGGUGGAUCUGGAGCUGUAUCAGGCAUAACAUUCAGUAACAUUCACAUGGAAAGCGUUAGGAAUCCAAUUAUAAUAGAUCAAUUCUACUGCCUCACAAAGGGGUGCGCAAACCAAACAUCAGCUGUUUAUGUAUCAGACAUACUGUAUGAAAGCAUCAAGGGAACCUAUGAUAUCCGAAGCCCUCCGAUGCAUCUUGCCUGCAGCGAUUCAGUUCCAUGUACAAACAUCACACUCUCUGAUAUCGAGCUUCUUCCAGCUCAAGGAGAUAUAGUUUUGGACCCUUUUUGUUGGAAUGCUUAUGGGGAUAUGGAAACGCUAACCAUUCCUCCUGUCUCCUGCUUAAUGGAGGGUAUUCCUCGACGAAUCUUGGAUAAUAACGAUAUGGGUUAUUGUGGAUGAUUUAGAAUUAUAAUCUUCUGUUUUUUUCCCCAUGUAAAUUAGCUUAAAUACAUGCAUACGAAUACAUAUAAUUAAAAGGAAAGCCAUGGAUGUAUCGGGAUUGUAUUUCGAAUUAUAAGAUCAUUCUAAAAAAUGGUCCAUAUUAUAAUCUCUACUCCUAGUUUGUAUGUU